AUGCAACCAACGCGAAGAUGCGACGAUGGUUGCAACAAACGACGGCGUGAUGAGGAGCACGAAAGUUAUAGGGACAGUGACACCAGCAGUGGAGGGAGGGACUGGCGGUUUGACAGUAAUAGCAGGGCCCGGCAUCUAACGCGUUCAUCCAACUCGGAAUCCUCAAGCCCAUCUUCAUACAGUUCACACUCUUCCACUUCCAGUGGGAGUUCCAGCUCCCGUUCCACAUCAACACGGGACAAGCAUUACCCAAAAUUCACCGAGGAAUACGCGGAGCGGUUUAAAUAUGAUGAGGAACCAUUCAUUUGUGUGGAUUAUGGCAUUGUCUCGUCACAAGGCCAAGAGAGGCACCAGAUGGUCAGGAGGCUACCCCCGCUUGUGCCCUUGGAGGCCUCGCCGCUGCCGAGGCUGGAAGGACACACUCCAAAUUUAGUUCUUUACGGAAAAUACUUUUUCAUACGGGCGCUUGGUGAGGGAACUUUUUCUAAGGUGGCCCUCUGUAGUAAACGCGGCACCGGUGAACUCUACGCGCUAAAAAUAUUUCGGGAUGAGGGGACGUACAGACGCGCGUGCUUGGAUGAGAUAAAAGUACUUCUUGCCCUGAGUCGUCCCGCCGGGGAGAGCUGCGGGAGGCGGCGCAUGGGAAGGAGCAGUAGUAGCGAACGGACUUACAGUGCUGUAAGUGCACGCAGGAGAAGUGGCAGGACGGCAGAAAAGUGUUUGUUGGAAGAUUUAAGGCAUAUGUGUGCGACUGCCGCCACUUCAUACCAAGGGAAAAUAGGACGCUUUAAUCCUCCUGUAGAGUUCAUACCGCACUAUAACCACCACGCGAUUGUACUCCCCGUGCUUGGUGUUUCAUUGUUAGAGGUACUUGCCUGCAUUCGUAAGGAACUCAACAGAUCCGUUGGAAAGGGGUUGGAAGGAAAACAAAGUGAGAGCGGCUCCGGUACAUGCAGCAGAAGUAGUGGUAGUGAUGAUUGCAGGACUGGAGCUCUCGAGAAACUCCGGGGGAUGUCGGAGAGGUCGGUUGAGGUUACUCACAGAGGGAUGCCGCUGGAGUUGGUUCGUGCAGUCGUAUAUAAUAUCCUUCUUUUCCUGCGUCACGCGCACCAGCGGGGUAUUGUGCACACCGACCUGAAGCCGGAAAAUGUUCUUUUUGAAUAUAGUGACACACUUCCAACCCGGAUGAAGAUUAAGAAGUUUGAAUACAAAUACGAAUCACCCGAUGAAGGAGAUGUGCACUCAAGCAGGGCUUAUGAAACGGCACAGCCGACAAUUCAAGAGGAGGUGCUCGCAGAGGUGGACGUUCCACUUCCUGCUGUUAAUACGGUACGUGUUAUUGAUGUCGGUUCCGCAGAGUUUCUCUCCAAGUGCACUGCCGUGAGUAAAUUGGACAAUGUGACACCCGCCUUUUAUCACCGCAUUCACACCACACAUUAUCGAAGCGUAGAAGUGUUACUUGGACUUGGAUGGACAACUUCUGCAGAUAUGUGGUCUCUUGGUUGCAUGAUUCCGGAGUUAGUGACUGGAAGCUGUAUGUUUAUGCCGCGCUGUGAUAUUGAGCACUUGGCGCUACUGCAGCAUAUCAUUGGCCCGUUUGACUCCGUUGAGGGGGCAAUAUCGAACAAAGGGGAUCAGGGAAGAAAUAAUGAAGUUUUGAACAAGACUAUCGUGGAGCGUGUAUUUUCUCUAGGGUCUCGCUUUGAUAAAUUCUUUGAUAAACACACCAUGAAAUUGGCAUGGCCAGAUCCGAACGAUUGUAUAACACCUCCAUCGUCAGCAUCAUCAUCUCAGCAGAGUCGAUACAAUGAUACAAUAGAAGAUAUUUAUUAUGUGGCCUCACGUCCAAAACUCCGAGAGGUUCUGGGGCCCUUUCCAAAACUACUUGAUCUUUGUGAACGCAUGUUGGACUACGAUCCGCUUAGGCGAAUAACGGCAGAGGAAGCGCUGAGUCAUCCUUUUUUUACUUCACCUGUUUAG